ACUUCUGUUUUGGUACGGUGUCGGUGCUGUUCGGUGCUGAAUUUUCGUGGUGAUUUCGCAGAAAGUUUUUUUCUCGUGUACUGCUAUUAUUAUCGUACGUCGCAGUGGACAUAUUUGCUGCAGCCGUUGAGAGCAUCGUUUUACCAGAAACUACCAUCGCCAUAACGUUUUUCGAUUAUUCCAAAGCGUUUGGAAGCCCAGAUCGAACGACAAACUCGAAGUUUAGUACCAUGAAAGUACCAUCCAACAACAUGAAUGGAUAUAGCACAUAUGAGGAAGAGCAUUAUUUCAAUGAAGCUGGACCUCCACACAAUGGUACCACCAAUGGAACCACAAAUGGGAAUGGUACCACAUCGGCACCUCCUGCUGAGGAGACUGAUUUCUCAGAAUAUAUGUGGAUGGAGAAUGAGGAAGAGUUCGACAAAGAGGUGCUGCAAAGGUUAGAAGAAGAGGAGCUUAUGGAACAGUGUAUGCUCCAGCACAUGCUAGACAACGAGAACCAGACCCCCGCUGCCAAUACAAAUAACUGGACUCGACUCUGUUGGACAAAGCUAAGUCAGCAAUACAUCAACAAUAUUCACCAUCUACAACAUGUCAAAACAACGCUAAUAGUAAGUCAGAUGAGGAGAUGGCGAAGAGCAGCACUUUGAAUCCUCAUGCAGCGGAAUUCGUCCCAAGUUGGAGCCGCAGCAACCCGAAACAACCCACCGAGCAGAAAUCGUCUUAAAUUCUGUAAACAAUAUAUUGAUGUUGAACACUGCACACCUAUAAUCCAGAUUUACAAAACAACUUGAAAAAAAAAAACAAGCAUCAUCUAUAAGCAAACAAGAAAAAAUGAAAAAAGAAAACGGCGUUGCAAUACUGCGGGAGUAUAUUUUUUGAUGUUCUCUAUUUGUACAUAUAAUAUGGCAAAUAUUUCACCUUCGAAAUGCCCCCAGUCCUGCAAUGAACCUACAAAAAAAAAUAAGAUCUCAGUAUAAAGUACCAUCACAAAUACUCAUUUUCAUUUUUUUUUUAUCAAUUAGUAAUGUUUUUAAUCACAUUACUUUCAUAUUUUUUACGUAAAAGACAUAUAUAUAUAUAGAUUAAUUAUUUUUUCAACGGGGCAGCUCUAACUACAUGUAUUCAUAUUAAUAUGUAUGAUCAUUAUUUUGAUUUACACUGCACAUCCUAUCAAUUUAGCUGAUCGGCUGUGAUGCAGAAAGGUGGCUGUGUGAAUGAGAGAAGAUUAUUGUACAAAACCUCAUUUUCUUUUAUGGUUAGUAUUACUUUUUAUUUGUCUUUACUUUCAUAUCUGUAUGAAUUGAUGCAGUAUUUUUUUUUCUUCGUUACGCGCCAAUGCAGGAAAACUUAAAAAAAAAGAUACGAGGGGGCUUUAUGGUUCGUUUAUAGUUUUUUUUUUCUUUGUUUAAACAUAUUUUUGUGUGUUUUGUAUUUAAAACAAUUAUUUUUUUUCUUCAUAAUUUGCCUGAUUUUAAUUGCUUCAACCGGAAUCUUUGUUUUUAACGAAGACGUUGAUUGUUUUAUACAUCUUAUUCUAAAAGCUGAUAUCAACACAUUUUCGAAUACUUUAUUAUUAUCUAUUUCCUUGCUUUUUACUCGAAAAGGAAUGUCUCUGCGGCUAAACGAAUAUUUAAUGAUUGGUAUGUGGAAGUAAGCAGAUAUUAUGUAAAUAUUUCAAGCUUUGGUUUAUACAUAUAUUAUUUUUUUCACAUGAAUAAAAUCCAAAAGGCAAUACCUUGUCUGGCAAUUUUAAGUAAUAAUCAUUAGGUAAACUUUACUUCUUCACUUUAGCAUGUAUACUAAUAUCGAGCAUUUAUAAAAAAAAAAACAAUUGUGUAACACUUAAGAAACUUUCUUUUCAUAUAAUACUUUAUAUCAUAAUAAUACACUAAUAUAUCGUAAGUGUAGUCACGUAAAUGUAAAUUCAGUUUAAAUUUACACCUUGAGUGUUAAAUUAGGGAUUGAUUUGAUAUAAAAAAAACGCAUAAUCUGGUAUGUAAUUUUAUACUUUCAGUAAACUAAGUCUAUAUAUCAUAAAUGUAAUAUCGAUGUGUGCUUUGUUACUAACAUUACUCUGCAUUUAUCCAACUCCUUUAAUAGUUCAUUUUUUCCCACCAAAAUAAACACUUUUUCCAA